UAGAGCUUUCAGAUCUAUAACUUUUAUAGCCUUUUAUUCUGAGUUACAUUUUUAAGCUGAAUUGUAUUUAAAAUAUAUUUGAAAGAAUAAGUUAAGCGUAAGAUAUUUAGAUUGAACAUGCAACCAUAAUCAAAACUGGGAAAUAAGAAGAAGAUACAUUAUUUUUAUGAUUUAAAAUGAUUUUUUAAUUUUUUUCUAUUUUUUAAAAUAAUGGAAGUGCAAUUUUCAAACAAUACUUUUUCAUUCAACCUGCAAAUUGACAAAUUAGAUAUUCCCCCAGAAGCUAUAUACCCUGCCUUUUUCAUUGGAGUUUUUAUGUACUUGUUUUCUGUUUUGAGCAAUGGAACAAUGCUAGCUCUGAUUGUGACCCAGCGAAGCCUCCAUAAGCCAAUGUUUUAUAUAUUUUUCAGCCUUCCUCUGACAGAUCUAGUAGGAAUUACAUGUUUUCUUCCCAGAUUGCUUGUGGAUAUCAUUACUCAGACCAACAAUAUUUAUUACCCAACUUGUGUAUUGCAAGGAUUUUUGAUACAUUUGUAUGGAGGCAGUAUAUGUCUUAAUAUGAUGGCUAUGUCAUUUGACCGAUAUAUAGCCAUAUGCAAGCCUCUUAGAUAUAACUCUAUUAUGUCACCUUUAAUUGUGAGCUGUAUUAUAGCUCUGGUUUGGGGUCUUGACACUGUCUUGAUUGUUGUCUUGUUUGCCCUUCAGGCCAAACUACCAAGAUGCAAGACGUUUAUUGCAAAUGUUUAUUGCAGUAAUAAUACUUUACUCAAACUCGCAUGUGGGGGAGAUUCUACUGUGAACAAUGUAUACGGUUUAUUUAUAACAGGAUUUCUACAGAUAGGUAGUGUUUCUGUUCAGUUAUUGUCUUAUGUCCAAAUUCUCAUCACCUGCAUUUCCCGUUCACAACCAGAUGCUAGAAUUAAGGCUAUUAAUACCUGUUUAGCACAGAUUAUUACAUACUUUUUCUAUGAAACAGUCACUGCCUUCACUAUCCUCUCAUACAGAUUUGAAAACACAGCUUCUAUUGCACAAAAGGUUUGUGGCAUGAUCAUGUUCACUUUCCUUCCUGUUGUAAAUCCAAUUAUAUAUGGAAUGAAAACAAGGGAUAUUAGAAAUGCAUUCUUUGUGGUGUUAAAAAAGCACAAGGUCACAUCUACAUAAAUGUAACAUUCUAUUCUAUAUUCUAAUGUAGAAAAUAACAUAGACCAUUUUAAUGUUUUUACUGAUUAUUUUACUGAAUGAUAGAAUGAUAGAAAGAUGAAUUGCAUUAAGUAACUCGUCUUUCUAAGCAAAUAACUAGUCAAGUACAAAUGCAAGUUUCAAAUGCAUGUUGUAAUUUAUAUUUCGUUCUGUUUAUAUGUUUGAAGCAAUAUAAAAUGUAUUUUGCCCUUUACAUGCAAAUCCCUUCCAAUUGUUAUAUAAUCACCUGUUUGAAAUCUUAUAAUUGUUUAGAUUUUGUUUUACCUUAUAAGUAUCAUGAAUAAAUCUGAUCUGCCCCUUUUUUCAGUUUUUUUUAAUGUGAUGCCAUCCUGAAAUGGAGCUAUGGAUGUAUAUUAACAAAUUAAAUUAAGUUAAACACACAGAA